CGUGUCAAAAACUGCUGCUAUUUCACAGGUGACAGAGCUGGGAAGUGUAAUUUUAGACUUGGAAUUUCUGUUGACGUGGGUAUUUAUUGCAUACAUAAUUUAUACACUGGUUAAUGAAGUAGAUCACCGAAGUGUGUAUACAUUGUUUCUGACUUUUUAGGUCAUUUAAAAAAAUGGCUACCUAUCAAGAAUUUAUACAGCAGAAUGAAGAUAGAGAUGGUGUUAGACUUAGCUGGAAUGUCUGGCCAUCAAGUCGACUCGAAGCCACAAGGAUGGUAGUACCACUAUCAGCACUUUACACACCGUUGAAAGAAAGGCCUGACCUUCCCCCUAUUCAGUAUGACCCGGUUCUAUGUAGUCGCUCAACCUGUAGAGCCAUCCUCAAUCCAUUUUGUCAAGUUGAUUACAGAGCCAAAUUUUGGACUUGUAAUUUUUGUUUUCAGAGAAAUCAGUUUCCGCAACAAUACACAGGCAUCACAGAGCAGCACCAGCCAGCUGAGUUGAUUCCACAGUUCUCAACUAUUGAGUACACUUUAACAAGAGCGCAAGUGAAUCCUCUCGUCUUCCUCAUUGUCUUGGAUACAUGUAUGGACGAUGACGACUUACAGGCUCUAAAGGAAUCUCUUCAGAUGUCAUUAUCACUACUGCCACCCAAUGCGCUCAUAGGCCUCAUCACUUAUGGCCGAAUGGUCCAAGUUCAUGAACUUGGCUGUGAAGGGUGCUCAAAGAGCUACGUGUUCAGAGGAACAAAAGAUCUGACAGCUAAGCAGAUACAGGAUAUGCUGGGAAUUGGUAAGAUGCAAGCACAAGGGCAGCAGCAGAGGCAAGGGGGUGCCCAGCAGGCACAGCAAACCCCCCUCAACAGGCCUGAAAACUGGGCUCAUUCACCACACAGAUUUUUGCAACCAGUUCACAAGUGUGACAUGAAUCUAACUGAUCUCCUUGGAGAACUUCAACGAGAUCCAUGGCCUGUUGGUGCUGGAAAGCGUCCUCUGCGUUCAACAGGAGUUGCUCUAUCGAUUGCUGUUGGGCUGUUGGAGUGUACUUUUCCAAACUCUGGUGCACGAGUGAUGCUUUUUAUGGGUGGCCCAGCAACACAAGGCCCUGGUAUGGUUGUAGGAGAGGAAUUGAAGGCGCCAAUCCGAUCCCAUCAUGAUAUUGAGAAAGAUGCUGCAAAGUACAUGAGGAAAGCUUGUAAGCAUUAUGAAGCUCUUGCAACCAGGGCCGCCAAUAAUGGUCAUACCAUUGAUAUUUACGCUUGCUCUCUGGAUCAGACUGGUUUGGCGGAGAUGAAAUACUGUAGUAAUUACACAGGGGGACAUAUGGUCAUGGGCGACUCCUUCAACACUUCCCUUUUCAAGCAAACAUUUCAAAGAGUCUUUGCAAAGGACAUGAAAGGGGAAUUUAAAAUGGCUUUUGGAGCGACAAUGGAAGUGAAGACAUCCAGGGAGUUAAAAGUGUCUGGUGCAAUUGGGCCGUGUGUGUCCAGCAAUUUAAAAGGUCCGUGUGUCUCUGAUACUGAAAUUGGAAUGGGCGGGACUUGUCAGUGGAAAUUCUGUGGUCUUUAUCCAAACUCUACCGCAGCAGUCUUCUUUGAAGUUGUAAAUCAGCACUCAGCUCCUAUACCGCAAGGUGGACGUGGAUGUAUACAAUUUGUAACGCAAUACCAGCAUUCAAGCGGACAACGACGUGUACGUGUAACAACACUAGCAAGAAAUUGGGCUGAUGCCGCAACCAAUAUACAGCAUAUAGCUGCUGGGUUUGAUCAGGAGGCUGCUUGUGUGCUGAUGGCUCGUAUGGCAACUUACAAGGCAGAGAAUGAGGAAGGACUCGAUGUAUUGCGUUGGCUUGACAGAAAUCUGAUCCGGCUUUGCCAAAAGUUUGGCGAGUAUCACAAAGAUGAUCCCAACUCAUUCCAGUUUGCUGACAACUUCUCCCUUUAUCCACAGUUCAUGUUUCACUUAAGAAGGUCACAGUUUCUUCAAGUUUUCAACAACAGUCCGGAUGAGACCGCAUUUUAUCGACAUUCAUUGCUGCGAGAGGAAUUGACACAGUGUCUUGUCAUGAUCCAGCCAAUCUUGUAUGCCUACUCAUUUAAUGGCACAGAACCUGUGCUCCUUGAUAGCAGCAGCAUAAUGCCAGACCGGAUUCUCCUUAUGGAUACAUUCUUCCAGAUCCUCAUUUUCCAUGGAGAGACCAUUGAUUCAUGGUACAAAGCCAAAUACCAAGACCAGCCUGGCCAUGAAAACUUCAAGCAACUCCUACAAGCUCCUAUUGACGAUGCCCAGGAAAUUCUUCAGAACCGCUUCCCAAUGCCUCGUUACAUCCAAUGUUCACAAGGAAGCAGCCAGGCAAGAUUCUUGCUCUGCCGUGUAAACCCAUCGCAAACACACAACAACAUGUACGGAUAUGGACAGGAUGGUGGCUCAUAUGUACUCACAGAUGAUGUUAGCCUUCAAGUAUUUAUGGAUCACCUUAAGAAAUUAGCUGUAACUCAAUCGUAAAAGAAGAUGCUCUGAUUAUUUAUACAGUAGUUAUGUUAAAGCAUGUGCAACUCAUGGCACAUGCACUCACAAAACAUGCUUUCUGCAGACGCUUGAUCAUUUACAUGUUGCUUAAGGUCAAAGGUGAAAAAAUAAUUGGAACGAAUGAUACUCUGAAAUUCAUAAACAUAUCUAUAAUUGUAUCUAAAAUUGUUUACAUAUAUAAUCCUGCUUCUUUAUACAAUAAUAGCAAGAAUAGUUGUGAUGUACAGUAAGAUGUAUUUUUCAUCCCAGAAAAAAAAUACUAAGAAAUGUCAUUAUAAUUCUGGGACUAUAGGCAUAAUAGAAUUUUACACAUAUUAGUUUUUACUAAUAUCUGGUUCUUAGUAGGCAAUUUAUCUGAAGGUCAGUGUGCUUAGCUUGACAAUGUAUUAAAAUAUACUUUUGCUUGUCUGUUGAUGACAUUAAUUGGGCCACCUAUUUAACCAUAAUGACCUGAUUAUAAAAGCUGUCUAUGUAACACUGUUGAUGUAAGAAGAUAGUAAUCGAUAGUAUGAUUUACGUAAGCAAAAUUAUCAGGGUACAACAUCCUUUCUUCUCCUAUGUCAGUAAAAAUUUUGUUUCAACUCUCGAAUUACAGUACUGUCAUUU